CGCUUGUAAGACUACGUCAAAAUCCACCACCCUUUUGUCUAUUCCUCUCAAGCACCACCUCCGCCCGUCCUUGGGCCUAACGGAACCUUGGCCUCACCCCAUUGUCUGCAAAACCUCUUUGCCCUCCAUUUUAACACUUUCUAUCUCUAAACCCACCUCUCAAUGCUCACAUAUCAUGCUGAAAUCCCGUCCUCUCUCUCUCUCUAGCUUCACAUAACCUACAUUAUUAGUGUGUUAUAGUCUAUAGCUCUAUCUCUCGGUGAGGGGCCAAGAAGCCAUGGCUCCUUGGCCGCCACCACGAGCGGCAUCGAGCGUCGCGGCCCUCCUCAUCUUUCUCUCUCUACUUUUGUUUUCCGGUGCAUUUGCGUCGCCAGAAACAGACGCACUCUUGAAGCUCAAGGCUUCACUAGGCAAUCCUAGCAGUUUAGCCAACUGGGAACCCGCAAAAGCUCCCCCUUGCACUAAUGGAACCGCCAAUUGGUACGGGAUUCUGUGCCAGACAGACACGGUUGAUGGAAUCCGGCUGGAAGGCCUGGGACUCAUGGGGAACAUCGAUGUCGAAGCACUUUUGAGCGUGCCGAAUCUCCGAUCAAUAAGUUUUAUGAACAAUAGUUUUUCAGGGGAAUUUCCUGAGCUUGGUAGACUAGGGGCCCUUAAGGCUAUUUUUCUGGCUGGAAAUAAAUUUUCUGGUGAAAUCGCCCCCAAUACAUUUUCCGGGAUGGGGUCUUUAAAGAAACUGGUAUUGUCGGAUAAUGAAUUGUCCGGUCAGAUUCCAAAGUCUCUCACAUCGGUCCCGAAGCUAUUGGAGCUGAUGCUGAACGGAAACCAAUUUACCGGAGAGAUACCCGAUUUUCAGCAAACGAGCCUCGAGAAGUUCGAUGUGUCAAACAACGACUUGGUGGGUCAGAUCCCGGCGCGCCUCAAGUCAUUUGGUCCCAGCUCAUUUACAGGAAAUGAAGGCCUAUGCGGCUUACCCUUAAAAACACUAUGCAACGGCUCCACCCCAAGCUCAAGCCCCAGAAAGCCCUCUACUACAAAGAUCAUAGUUAUAGUCAUAGCCAUCAUCGUCGCGCUCGCCGUCAUUGCCAUUGCAUUUUUCUAUCUGCGCCGCCGAAGCAAGUCGGUCGCUAGCCAUCGCAACCCAUCGACGGCUCCGAACAAAGUUGCAUCUUUCGCCGAAGAUCGAGCAGAGCUAGGCUCACACAAGAAGAAGCCUGCAAGAGAGUUGGAGCAAAGCAAGCUGGUGUUUGUUAGCGAUGAUAUAAGGACAUUUGAGCUGCAAGAUUUGUUGAAGGCCUCAGCUGAGGUGUUGGGGAGUGGGAGUUUGGGUUCUUCUUAUAAGGCAGUGCUGCAUGGUGGUCCCGCGCUGGUGGUGAAGAGGUUUAGAGAGAUGAAUAAUGCUGGAAAAGAGGAGUUUGAUGAGCACAUGAAGAGGAUGGGGACGUUGAGGCACCCUAAUUUGCUGCCUGUUUUGGCUUAUUACUACAGGAAGGAGGAGAAGCUUUUGGUCACUGAGUUGUGUCCUAAUGGGAGCUUGGCCUACCUUCUCCAUGGGGACAGGAGCCCAAGCAGGGUUCCCCUGGAGUGGCCAACAAGGCUGAAGAUCAUCAAAGGAGUAGCAAGAGGCCUUGCCUUCCUCUACCAAGAACUCCCCGACUUCAUCCUCCCCCACGGCCACCUCAAGUCCUCCAACGUCCUCCUUUCUCUCUCUAACGAGCCCUUGCUCUCCGACUACGCCCUCGGCCCCCUCAUAAACCAGCCGUGCGCCUCACAGUCCAUGGUCGCCUACAAAUCGCCCGAAUUCAUCCAACUCCACCGAACGACGAAGAAAUCCGACGUCUGGACCCUCGGAAUCCUGAUCCUCGAGAUCCUCACAGGCAAAUUCCCUGCUCAGGCCCUGAGGCAGGGCAAAGGGGGCACAGAUUUGCCCACUUGGGUUAACUCAGUAGUGAGAGAAGAGUGGACUGGUGAGGUUUUUGAUGGGGAUAUAGGUGGGUACAAGAGUGGAGAGGGAGAGAUGCUGAAGCUUCUGCAAAUUGGUUUGGGUUGUUGUGAGAUUGAGGUGGAUAAGAGGUGGGACAUGAGAGAGGCUUUUAUGAGGAUAGAGGAGUUGAAGGAGAGAGAAGCCGAUGAGAGAGAAUAUGAGGGGGAAAUUUUCUCUUCUUUUGACUCAGAGAGAGAAGGGCAUUUGUCCUCUAGAGGGCACCCAGAUAGUGAUUUCUCCUUCUCUGUGAAUGCUUAGUCAUUAUGCUCAAUGGUGGAGUGUUUCUAGAGAGGGAAAGUGGCACUCUUUCACUCCCUCUGUCAAGAAAAUCUAGAGAGAGAAAGUGGGGGGAGUGGCAUGGGUGCUGCUCCCUCGGUGGGGUCUUUCAAUUCCUCCCUUGAAAAUUCUAGAGAGAGAAAGUGGGGGGAGUGGUUGGGUUUUUCACUUCAUCGCUCUACUAAGAAACUCUAGAGAGAGAGAGAAACUGGGAGGACUGAAUGCUCACUGUGACGGGGUGGUGGUGGUGGUGGUGGUGGUGGUGGUGGUGUUUUUGGGGGAAGUGGAGAAAUGAGAGUGUCUCCCCUGGUCGUUGUUUGUUUUUUUUUUUUUGGGCUUCUUGUUUGGUAGUCCCUCACGGGCUUAUGAGGAGGCUUGUGGUGCUCACAUAUGAGUCUCUCUCUGAGCACCUUGGAGUUUUAGAAAGAAUUUUAUUUCUUUUGUGAAAGAUUUUAAAGCAGUAAGAGGGGAUAGUUACACAACUCUCUCCCUCUCUAUUGUCCUAUACUUUUGUGCACAUUAUAUCGUUGCCGUCCAGCUUGAUUAUGAA